AGUAACUCGUAGUGAGGCGCAACAGGCGGUCGUGUCCGGUCGAUCUAUAUCUAUAAAAAAGUCGCUCGUAUCACAUUCGGGCUACCUUUGUAUUCGAAUCAAGCUGGUCGUACCUAACUGAUCUCUCAUAAUUCAAGUGAGUACAAGCGCUGCCCAGACGCAGCUCAGAGCCGGCGGGGUCAUUGUCAUCGAUCGGGCAUUAUGCGCAUGCGCGAUUGCUGCAGACGCAGCGCGGCGCUAUGGCUGUGUUGCGUGGUGUAUGGUGUGGCGCAGGCCGCGAGCCCGGCAUCGAUGUCGUUCGAACCGUCAGUCGUUCACGUGAGGAGCCCGGGGAGGAACAGGAUUCGUUCUGUUGACACAUCCUCAGUCAAGACUAAUCCCAGCAUAAGUAUCGUAGAUGAUCACUUCGCGAUCAACGGAGAACCAAUUCAAAUAAAAUCAGGUUCCCUGCACUACUUCAGAGUGCCUGCAGUGUACUGGAAAGAUCGCUUGCAUAAGUUGAAAGCAGCUGGACUUAACGCUGUGUCGACGUAUGUCGAAUGGAGUUUCCAUGAGCCUGAAGAGAGACAAUACUCCUUCGAAGGUGAUCGCGACGUGGCUGCUUUUAUACGUCUCGCCGCGGAGGAGGGGCUACAUGUGCUGCUGCGCCCCGGGCCCUACAUAUGUGCUGAAAGAGAUCUGGGCGGUUUUCCAUAUUGGCUACUGGGAAAGUACCCUCAAAUACGAUUGAGAUCGACUGAUGCAGAUUUCAUGGCUGAAACAAAAAUAUGGUUGCAGAAAUUGUUUGAACAACUUACACCUCUAUUAUUUGGAAACGGAGGCCCGAUUAUUUUAGUUCAGGUGGAAAAUGAAUAUGGCAGUUACGGUAGUGACAUGGAAUACAAAACACAAUCUCGUGACAUAAUGCUUCACCAUGUGGGUGACAAAGCUCUCCUGUACACCACUGAUGGCAGUUAUAUUUCCCUUUUCAAAAAUGGUGCUAUCCCAGAAGUUCUCACCACAAUUGAUUUCGGCGUAAGUUCCAAGAAAAACGUCCAAGAUUAUUUUAACUCAUUAAGGAGCUACAUGCCGCACGGUCCUCUGAUGAACUCCGAGUACUACCCAGGCUGGCUGACGCACUGGGGCGAGUCCUUCCAGCGAGUCUCCACGCCCAGGGUCGUCGACACUCUAGAGACCAUGCUAAACAGUUCCAUCAACUUCAAUAUUUACGUUUUCUUCGGCGGCACCAACUUCGAAUUCACAGCAGGUGCCAACUAUGACGGCACAUAUACGCCAGAUAUUACGUCAUAUGACUAUGAUGCCCCUUUAAACGAGGCCGGAGACCCUACUCCAAAAUAUUUCGCUAUUCGCGACGUUUUAGCAAGGCAUAACCCAGAAGUGGCAGACAUUGCUCCUCCUUCACCAUCCAAUAAAUCUGCGUAUGGAAAAAUAACCCUAACAAAGCGACUUGGUCUGUUAUCUACAGCAGGCCGGGCAAGUUUAGGAAAAAAGUAUCCAAGUAUAGUCGGCCCAACACUGCCAACGUUUGAGAAGCUGCGCCAGCGCUCCGGACUAGUGCUCUAUGAAAUCUCACCGGGGGAAAUGGGCCCAGGUACUCUGUUGGAAAUUAGAAAACCUCGGGAUCGCAUUCAUGUUUUUGUUGACGGUAGACUAAUAGGAAUAUUAAGCUGGACUAAAAAACUAUAUUCCUUGCCGGUAGAAACCAAAUCUGACUCAGUUGUAUCAUUACUUGUAGAAAACCAAGGACGCAUCAAUUUUGGCAGCGGAAUACACGACUUUAAGGGUAUCCGCAGUUAUGUCACUUUGGGCAUAAAGGUGCUCAACGGUAAUUGGUCCGUAACUGGAUUUCCCCUUGAAAACCUGGACGGGUUAGCGACGGCUACCGCUGACGACGGGCAGGGGUUCGAAGUACCGAUGCUGUUUGACGGUUACUUCACUAUUCCAGAAAACGAACAACCUCAAGAUACAUUUUUCGAUACUACUUCAUGGGGAAAGGGUUUCAUUUGGGUGAACGGACACAACCUCGGGCGCUACUGGCCGGGCACCGGGCCGCAGGUGACUCUAUAUGUGCCCGGCUGCUGGCUGCGCGCCGCCCCGCAACGCAACCACGUGCAAGUGCUUGAGCUGGACCGGGCACCUGCCGACACCUCAAUCGAGUCCAUACUUCACCCCAUACUCGAUAGAACUGCACAAUAG